GGACACUGGCAGCUCAUUGGUCACAUUCCUGAUGACGUGGCUGAAUGCGGAAGAGAGGCGUCUCUGUGAUGUGACGGGAACAAGAUGAUCGCGGAUCUGUUGAUAUUCGGGACUUUACUGGUGAAUGCAGGGGCCGUGCUGAACUUCAAACUCAAAAGGAAGGAGGCCCAGGGAUUUGGAGAUGACUCCAGAGCGCCAACAACAGGUGACAACAUCAGAGAGUUCCUGCUCAGCCUGCGAUACUUUCGGAUCUUCAUUGCUCUCUGGAACAUCUUCAUCAUGUUCUGCAUGAUCCUAUUAUUUGGAUCAUGAUCGACAUUUGCAUGGACCAGAAUCCCUCCUGUUUUUCAAGAUGGAUCCUCUGAACUACUUCUUUAUAGAACCUCUCUGUUACUUUGGCCAUUCUAAACUAUAAGUAUACUCCAUUUUCUUUUCCACCUCUAAUUCAAAAUAUACUUCUGGUCUCGCUGUACAGGAAUUUAUGAAUCGCUGUAUUUAUUUUGUCUGAUAGAGGUUUUCACAUUUAUACUUUUCUGUAAACUGUAAUUAUAUGAAUAACCCUGCCCUCUGCUGGACAUGUGUCAUCAUGUGCCCUUGUGCUUCGGCACAGAAAAUGAGUUUUCUUCAGCAUUACAUAUAUAAAAAAAAAAAACAGAUCAACAAGUUAGUAAAUGAUGCACAGCCUUUGUUAACAGGAUAUACUUUUCUGUGGCUUGUUAGCUGACUGUCAUCAUUUAAGGAUCUCGUUCUGUCCUAAAAGAUAAUCACAAACGUACCAUGGUCCUUUUUUCUGCAAGAAUACGAUAUGAUAAGAUGUAUAAACAACUCAAAACCCCCCUGUUGUUAUGUGCAGCCUCUCAGAUAGAAACUGUCUUUUCCUUCGGUCUGGAGCACCUGUGCUGUAAGUGAACGAAUAUGCACUUUGACGUAAAUGUGUCCUUAUUCUCUUUACAAUAAAAAUACAGUUUUCUUA